AGAAGGAUGGAUAUGCAUUAUUGUCUCAAUUUGCCACCCUGCCUGCCUAUAUAUAUAUAUAUAAAACCUGAACCCCACUUGCCUGAGAGACGAAUUAUACCUUUUGAGGCAUCGAUCUUUAAAGCCAUGGCGAAGCAUUUCAAGCUUCGGAUCAACCGAGUCAUCCGAUCCUUCCAAAUUUGCAGCAACAAAGACUACUGUUCCGCUCUCCCGGAAGAUCCAGUUCCUUCAUUCCUCCGGCCCGCCUCCAAGCCCCAUCGCUCCUCCUUCAAGCGCCACCUGUCCUCCGCCUUCACGACCGUCGGCUGUGGUCUCGGCUCGAAGUUCCGCGAACAGCUCUCCACCGACGACGACUCGCCGGGAUUCGAGUGGCAGAAAGAGGGGGAGUGGCACGUGGUGGCCAAGGUCUACGACGAGACGCCUCGUCGGAAGAUCUACUGCUCCUCGGUUUCCGGGGACUCCGACGACGAGUUCUUCCCCCCAGCGCCGCCGCCCACGGCAGCGAAGAAGAAGCGACGAAGCAGGAAGAAGGCGACCAGGGCAAGGCUCCGGUUCAGCACUUCGUCGGCCGAGAGCGGGCUGUUUAGCAGCGAAGGCGGCGACGAGAGAGACGACGAAGAGACCGAAACCUUGGUGUCAUCUUCCCGGAGCUUCUCGACGGACUCCUCGUCGGAGCUCAACCCUCAGUUGGAAACCAUAAACGAGACGCCCAUUCGGCGGCGCCACAAGAAGAAGAAGAGAGCGAAUAGGGCAAAAGUGAGCCCUUCAACCAGCAAGGUGAAGAUCUUUUGCAGGUCGUCGGUGUCGGAGGCGGAGAGCGAGUCGCCGGCAAGGCUGUCGGUGUUCAAGAAGCUGAUACCGUGUGCGGUGGAGGGAAAGGUGAAGGAGAGCUUCGCGGUGGUGAAGAAGUCUGAAGACCCAUAUGAAGAUUUCAAGAGAUCGAUGAUGGAGAUGAUUCUGGAGAAGCACAUGGUCGAAGACAGGGAUCUGGAGCAGCUCUUGCUGUGUUUCUUGUCUCUGAAUUCGCAUCAUCACCACAGGGCGAUCGUCGAAGCUUUCACUGAGAUUUGGGACGCCAUGUUUCUCACUACUAGCUAGAAUAUCUCUGCCUGUUUCAAAAGCUCUUUGAAGCUGAUCAUGAAAGCUGUUCGAAAGUUUCAAGAAAAAAAUCAUGCUUUAUGUUAUGCAAGGCUCCUACUUUAGCGUUAAAUUUGUUCUAGUUUAGUUGUGUUACGUUUCUAGAAAUUAAAUCAUAUAUAAUUAUGUCAA